UUCAUGUCUAUUAUUGUCUAUGGUUGUGGCCAUGAAGGCUUUUGCCAAGCUGAUGCAUUAUUAUUUUUGUUGGAAUUUUAUUUUGUAACUCAAAUUUAAAUCAACCAGCCAUGGCUUUCACAGCAAAAAAGGUGGCCCAAUGUUUAUAAUCUAUAAUCGACGUGAUUUCAAGAUGGAUUUAGUGUAGUUUUCGAUUAAUAAUGUUAUGAAAGUGUCUCUGAUAAUAACAACCAUUUUGUGAUGUUAAAAUGGAAAAAAUGUGGCUUACAUUCGUUUUAGUAUUCUAUUCCUUAGUUAUAACUAGAACAUCGCGUGUGACUGUUCUUCAAGGCGAUUCAUUGCCUCAUCAUGGGCGCUGUGAGCCUAUCACUAUUCAGUUCUGCCAGCAAAUUAAAUACAACCAGACAAUAUUUCCAAACAUACUUAAUCAUGCGAAGCAAGAAGAUGCAGGGCCAGAAGUGCAUCAGUUUACUCCAUUGAUUAAGCUUAACUGCUCUCCGGAUUUACAGAUAUUCCUGUGCUCUGUGUAUGCACCUGUGUGCACUAUUCUAGAUAAACCUCUGCCCCCCUGCAGAAACCUAUGUGAGUCUGCCAGACAUAACUGUGAAUCUAUUAUGUACCUAUAUGGAUUUACAUGGCCUGAAAAUUUAGAAUGUACAAAGUUUCCUGUAUAUGAAGAUGGUGGUGAACUCUGUUUUGGAAACAACAAUGUAACCAACCAUCAAUCACGAAGGCCAGAAGGCAGAAUUCCUAAGGUGGACUAUAAAAACAACUAUCAGAAAGAUCCAUCUAAGCUGCAUGGUGCAAAAGAUUAUGGGUUUGUUUGCCCUGUACAAUUUAAAGUCCCUAAAGGUUUGGAUUUAGAAUACUCCUUGAAAGUUGGGGACAAGGUGGAGCAGGACUGCGGAGCUCCGUGCAGCGGCAUGUUCUUUACCGAAAAGGAAAGGAAAUUUGCAAGACUAUGGACAGGAAUAUGGGCUACUGUGUGUACUUGCAGUUGCCUGUUCAUAGUGUUGACUUUCCUCAUAGAUACUGAUCGCUUCCGGUAUCCAGAGAGACCAAUAAUAUUUCUAUCAUUUUGUUAUUUGAUGGUGGCUGCAGCAUAUGUGAUGGGAUGGAGUUCUGGAGACAGUAUCAGUUGUCAGGGGCCAUUUCCUUCCACAGUAGGAGGGACAAGAUUACCAAACAUAUCAGUUAUUACACAAGGAACUAAGCAUGAACCAUGCACUAUUUUAUUCAUGAUAGUAUAUUUCUUCAGUAUGGCCUCCAGCAUCUGGUGGGUGAUUCUUACCCUGACCUGGUUCUUGGCAGCGGGUCUGAAGUGGGGUCAUGAAGCCAUAGAAGCCAACUCUCAGUACUUCCACUUAGCGGCCUGGGCUGUUCCAGCUAUAAAAACAAUCUCUAUUUUAGCUAUGGGAAAAGUUGAUGGUGAUGUCCUAUCUGGAGUGUGUUAUGUUGGCCUGUGGAACCCUGAAGCAAUGAGAGGCUUUGUCCUUGCUCCACUCUGCGUGUAUCUAGUCCUGGGAACUGUAUUUUUAUUUGCAGGAUUUGUCUCUUUGUUCCGAAUUCGCACUGUUAUGAAACAUGAUGGCACUAAAACUGACAAGCUGGAAAAACUGAUGAUACGCAUUGGAGUAUUUGGGCUGUUAUAUACUGUCCCUGCUCUCAUUGUUAUUGGGUGUCUCUUCUAUGAACAGGCACAUUUUGAUAGUUGGAUGAUAACAUGGCACAGAGAUAUGUGCUCUAACCCUCGGUAUUCCAUACCCUGUCCAUUUACACACAGGGAAAUGGAGCAACCUAAAUUUGUUGUGUUUAUGAUUAAGUACCUGAUGACAAUGAUAGUAGGUAUUGCCUCAAGCUUUUGGAUUUGGUCAGGAAAAACCAUAGUCUCAUGGCGUCAAUUUUUUGAUAAAAUAAAAGGUAAGAGGACUGAAGCAUAUGUGUAAAUACUGUGUCACUCACUGCCCAUCGCAUUUAAUUAAUGAAAUUUCGAAAUUUUUGAUAAGGCUGAUAGUGUACUUUAUCUUGUACUUACUUUAUCUCAUUUAUUUUAAUAAGUUUAAUUUGUGACAUGAAUAUUUUAAAUGUAAUUAAGUUUUAAUUGUAACUAUAAUAAUUUUUUAUUGUGACAUGAAUACUUCGUCCUAGAAUAAGGCAGUCAAUAAGUUAAAACUAACACAGCUGUAACUAAUUUGUUGGUGUCUCCCACCUGUGGUGCUUAUGAUAUUAUUGAAAGCAUAGACAGUGUUAUUAUUUUAUACUUAAUUUUAGGUUUACAAUAAUUUUUAAUGAAAUAUAUUUUGUACUUUAUUUUUUAAGUACAGUAUUAAUAAACUGGUAUUUUUAUCAAAA